GUCCCGGGCAACGCGCAAGCGCAAUCAGAUCCAGGCUGCAGACUUACUGCUCAUUGUGUUCUGAGCGGAGAGUUGGGGGUGGCGGUGGAACCCCCCCCCCCGCCCCCCCGCCGCCCGCGGAGCUUCUGGAAGGACCAGGCAGCGGCGCUCGGGCCUGAGGACGCGAGCGCGCCGGGAACGCCACCGAGGUCUGGCUCAUUCCGGAGGGCACGCCUCGAAUGCCCUAAACCUCGUGGAAUUUGGUCCCAACCAGAAAAAAAAGAGUCGGGCCAGGAAUGGGCUCCUGGGUUUGGGGUCAGGAUUUGAGUGCGCGUGGAUGAGGACAGGAUCGGGAAGCCCAUCUCUCAGGUGUGCAGUUGCUGCUGGCCCGUGGAAGCUGGAAGCUUAAGGGCUUCCCACCUGCCUCCCCUACACUUUGCCUGCCUUCAGCUGGUUUGUGAGAGAACAUGGUGAGCUUCAAGGAUGUGGCUGUGGUCUUCACACAGGAGGAGUGGAGUCUCCUGAGCCCUGCACAGAGGGCCCUAUACAGGGAGGUGAUGCUGGACAACUAUAGCAACUUGGUGUCCUUAGGACUCUUAGGACCCAAACCAGAUGAGUUUUCUCCCCUGGGAAAAAGGAAAGAAUGGACACUGGACACAUCCAGAGGCUUCUGUCUUGCAUGGAUGAUCAUACCUGUGAGUAAGAAAUCUCCUCUCAAGGCAGAUAUUCCUGAAGAAGAAUUAGAUCAGUGGACAAUAAAGGAAAGAUUGACCAGAGAUGAUCACUGGACACAUGCUGGCCUGUUGGAAGGGCAAUGCCAGAAAAGUCAGGAGAUUAAUUUACAGCAGGUGAGCUGCACCUCCCAGAACAUUCCAUCUGGGGUUAGUGAGCAGAAAUGCCAUGAAUCUGGGAAGGACUGCACCAAGAGCUCCUGUCCUAUACAAGAUGAGGAGUGUCAACUAAGCAAAAACACCUUUGAAUCCAGUGAGCGUGAACAAGUCUUCUCUAAUAAACAUCAGAGAACGCAUCCAAAAAACCUUCACACAAGUCAGAAAAAUCUGACUAAAGAGAAACGCUAUAAAUGUAGAGAGUGUGGGAAAGCUUUUCACCAAAGUACAUACCUUAUCCAUCACCAAAGAAUCCACACGGGGGAGAAGCCAUAUGAAUGUAAGGAAUGCGGCAAGGCCUUCUCUGUGAGCUCCUCGCUCACUUACCACCAGAAAAUUCAUACUGGAGAGAAACCUUUUGAAUGCAACGUAUGUGGAAAGGCUUUCAUCCGCAACAUACAUCUCUCCCACCAUCACCGAAUACAUACCGGAGAGAAACCUUUCAAAUGUAAUAUCUGUGACAAAGCCUUUGUGUGCCGAGCCCACCUUACCAAACAUCAGAAUAUCCACAGUGGUGAGAAACCCUACAAAUGUCACGAGUGUGGGAAAGCCUUCAACCAAAGCACAAGUUUCCUGCAGCAUCAGAGAAUUCACACUGGAGAGAAACCCUUUGAAUGUAAUGAGUGUGGGAAGGCUUUCAGGGUGAACUCUUCCCUCACUGAACAUCAGAGAAUUCACACUGGAGAAAAACCGUACAAGUGCAGCGAGUGCGGGAAAGCCUUCAGGGACAAUUCAUCCUUCGCACGACAUCGGAAGAUUCACACGGGGGAAAAACCCUACAAAUGUGGCUUGUGUGAGAAAGCCUUCAGGGACCAGUCCGCCCUAGUCCAGCAUCAGAGAAUUCACACUGGGGAAAAACCCUACACAUGUAAUAUGUGUGAGAAAGCCUUCAGUGACCAGUCAGCCCUUACCCAGCAUAAGAGAAUUCAUACACGAGAGAAGCUGUACAUGUGCAAGGUCUGCGGGAAAGCUUUUAUCCGAAGCACCCACCUCACUCAGCAUCAGAGGAUUCACACGGGCGAGAAACCCUAUGAGUGUACUAAGUGUGGGAAAGCUUUCAACCAGUCUGCAAACCUCAUUCAGCACCAGAGACAUCACAUUGGAGAAAAGUGAUUGAAACCAGUUUGUCCGGAACAGCAUUAGGAGUUAGGGAAGAUUCCUUCUCGAACGUGAGAGAUCUGCGCCAGAGAUGAACUAUGAAGUCUUGCAUCAAAUAGUUACUGAGUCAAGCUUCACAAUGUCAUGGAGCCAAAGGUGGUGUUAGGGAAGCUAGGUUCACCCAGGGAGGCAGCUGUACAACCUUGCACUAGACAAAGUGCAGAAUAGCACCUGGCAAUGACUCUGUUAGCCGAGAAGGGCAUACAAUAAAUGGUUAAUUGUUAUAUAAUGAAGGCACUGCCCAGGCAAGUGCUAUUACUGUAAAUAGAGUUCAGUUGGCCCAUGCAUGUCCAGAAGGCCAUUUAGUCCAAAUUUUAGCAACUACUAGACACUUUUCUCUGCCUACCCUCAACUGGGUUAAUCCCAAGGCAUGAAAGGGUAUUGAUAAGUGCAAUCCUUCUGUACUUUCCUUUCCUUAUAGAUAGUCUGACCACAGCAGAGCAAGAAGGUCCCCUGUUGGGACCUUUCCUGGUUACAGGGGUUACAAGCUGGUCUUGUGACAUUGUGAGUCAUGUGCAUAGAGAUGGUUCCCAGCACACCUGUAGACAGUGCCAUCUCAAGAUGCCAUGCCUGCGUCUGGCAGGGAAGAGUGGGGCUUAGGUGUGAUGUCAGUGUCUCCAGCCCUCAUGUGGACCAUGGAGCCCCAGAAGCAGACCCAGAACCCAGCUGCCCUCCGUGUCCUCCACCCUGCAGAACUGCAGACACUGCCUACUCCUGGGAGAAAAAAAAACUCCCAGUGCCUCUUCAGAUUCCUGUAAUCCGGUCUUGUCAGCUCCCUGAUUGGUUUUCCUCUGUCCACCAUAGAUUGCUUAGCUGUGGCUGCAGUGCUCUCCGGAUGCUGCCUUCCUCCACAUUCAGUGCCUCCUUUUUCUUUUUUUAAAAUUGUUUUAACCCUAUUGUCUUUAAGUAGUUGUACAGAGGGCUUCCAUCCAUGAGUAUUAUCAUGAGCAGGUUCACUCUCAUCUCUCACCCCUCUCCUCCCCUUAGUCUUCCUAGUUCCAUUUUUUACAUGUAUACAUUGAAUAAUAUUCUGAGUGCAUUCUCCCAUCCUUCCUCUCUCCAUUUGUCUGUCUCUCCACCACCACCCUUCACCCCAUUCCUCUCCCCUUUUCCUACAGCACACUUGGGCUUCUGGUUCCUGUGGGUGAGCCUCAAGAGUCUUCGGGCUAGGCCUGGCCUCUAUCCAUCUCCUUUCUCUACUCCACACUGCCCUCCCUCCCCUGCACUAUUGCCUUUCAUCAGCAUCAAGACACAAGACUUUCCCGCCCUGCUCUUCCCUGCAGCAGGAGGCCUCCUUCCUUAGCUCAGGCCAGCUCCACUGAAUAUAUUUUCAGUAACACUUGUAUAUACCAGUGAAGGGGAGGAAAUCACAAGGCUAGAUUAUUGGUCCUCACCCCUGGCUUUCUCCCACAGGUUAAUGACCAUGCUAACUCUUUUGCUUCUUGCCUACCGUGCUACCACCUGAGUCACGCUUCCAACCCCCUCAUAAUCACUCCAUAAGCACCAGGACUUGGUGAUGUAUACCACAUAGCACUAUAAGCUUUUUAAAAAGGUGAUUGAUGAAGAAUUACUCCACGGGGCAUUGUCAUGAAA